AUGCAAUAUAACACAAACGCAUCCUAUCUCACUGAAGAGGAAAUAUUGCUGUACCUUAGCUACUUGACAGGGCAGAGCGAUAAGAACUUCGGUUGUCUCUAUCGGCUCUCAUGUCAGAAGCCAGCACAAGCGGGACUUUACUCUUCUGGAGCGGAGAUUCUACUGCAAGGUGUAAAACUAAUGCAAGGGAAUACUUAUGAGCUGUCAGAAUACGAAGAUAUCACCAGAGGAAUCAAACAAGCAGUAGAAUGGGGGGAGGGGGGAGGAGAAUGUGAGACCCGCUACAAAUGCGGCGAAUAAACUGUGCGGAGACGUACUAGAAUGAACUAUUUAUAUCUAUGACUGAA